AUGAUAAACAUCACUAAGCUCACGCCCAACAACUACAUAACAUGGAGUCUUCAAGUUCACUCCCUACUCGAUGGGCAUGAUCUAGCUAACUAUGUCCAUGGCUCCACCUCCAUACCAGCUUUGACUGUCACCGCCAAUAAUGAGACGACACCAAUUCCAGACUACACCAAAUGGCGCAGACAAGACAAGUUGAUCUACAACGGUCUUAUCGGCACGCUAUCUCCAUCCAUUCAACAUGUUUUCACCAAGACCACGACUGCAACAGAACUGUGGACCAGGCUUGCUGCCACAUAUGCCAAUCCCAGUUGGGGAUACAUUCAACAACUUCGCCUCCAACUUAAGCAAUAUCCCAAAGGUGACGAAUCUGUGGAUGAUUAUAUGCAGGGUCUUACCACUCAAUUUGAUCAACUUGCUCUCAUAGAAAAACCGCUUGAACGUGAAGAGAAAGUUGAGUUCAUUAUUGCUGGCUUACGUGAAGACUACCAGUCUGUUAUUGACCAGAUUGAAGGACGUGAAAAGCCUCCCUCCAUCACCAAGGUUCAUGAAAAAAUUUUCACUAGCGAAGCAAAACUGAUGAUUUCUGCAUCCUCUAUCUCUACUUCAGUUCCAGCCUUCGCCAAUGUUCCCUCAUGUCAACACCAAUCACACAACUUCAAUGGUAAACAAACUCAGCGCCAGACUAAACCUUGGAAUAGUACCAACCAGCAACAAUAUCAGUCUUCAAGACCUGACAACCGUAACUCUCGUGGAUAUCAAGGCAAGUGUCAGCUCUAUGGUGUUUUUGGACAUAAUGUUAAACGUUGCAGUCAGCUACAACAAUCCAAUCCUGCAUCUCAGCCUGGUCUACUCCUGUAUCCUUUUCAUCUUUGGCAUCCGCGUGCAAAAUUUGCAGCAGCUUAUUUUAAUCCAUGGGUAAUGGACAUUGGCUCUACUCACCAACGAUCUCUCCAAUCCGUCACUUCAUUAGCCAUACAGUGGUGGUGA